GUGGCGCGAGCGUAGCGGCUAGGUGGGCGUGGUAAGGUAGCCGCAGAACCGAGUUGCCGGUUGCUGGAUCCCAGGAGGAAGCUGCGGGGCUCGACGGCGGUACUGCUGGGGCAGAUAUAAAGACCUGAAGAUCGUCUUUCUUGUCCAAAGAUGGAAAACAGUACCACCACCAUUUCUCGGGAGGAGCUGGAAGAGCUACAGGAAGCAUUUAAUAAAAUAGAUAUUGAUAACAGUGGGUACGUCAGUGACUAUGAACUUCAGGACCUAUUUAAAGAAGCAAGUCUCCCUCUGCCUGGCUACAAGGUGCGCGAGAUUGUGGAAAAAAUUAUAGUAGCUGCCGACCACAACAAAGAUGGCAAAAUCAGCUUUGAAGAGUUUGUGUCAAUAAUGCAGGAGUUAAAAAGCAAAGACAUCAGCAAAACAUUCCGAAAAAUAAUUAACAAGAGGGAAGGUAUUACUGCUAUUGGAGGAACUUCAUCGAUUUCCAGUGAGGGCACACAGCAUUCUUAUUCAGAGGAAGAAAAAGUAGCUUUUGUUAACUGGAUAAACAAAGCUCUGGAGAAUGACCCUGACUGUAAGCAUCUCAUACCCAUGGAUCCCAACAAUGACAGUCUUUUCAAAUCGUUGGCAGAUGGCAUCCUUCUUUGCAAAAUGAUCAACUUAUCUGAACCAGAUACAAUUGAUGAAAGAGCCAUUAAUAAGAAAAAGCUCACCCCUUUCACUGUUUCUGAAAAUUUAAACCUUGCCCUGAAUUCUGCCUCUGCAAUUGGUUGCACAGUGGUCAACAUUGGCGCGCAGGACCUCAAAGAAGGAAAACCUCACUUGGUCUUGGGACUUCUGUGGCAGAUCAUCAAAGUUGGUCUUUUUGCUGAUAUUGAAAUUUCCAGAAAUGAAGCUCUGAUUGCAUUGCUCAAUGAAGGUGAGGAGCUGGAGGAGCUAAUGAAGCUUUCUCCUGAGGAAUUACUGCUGCGAUGGGUGAACUACCAUCUGACCAAUGCAGGAUGGCGUACCAUCAGUAACUUCAGCCAAGACAUUAAGGAUUCAAGAGCCUAUUUUCACCUGCUUAAUCAGAUUGCCCCUAAAGGUGACCGGGAUGGUGGACCCUCCAUUGACAUUGACAUGUCAGGGUUUAAUGAGAGAAAUGACCUGAAGCGUGCUGAAUUCAUGCUUAAAGAAGCAGAUAAAUUGGGCUGCAGACAGUUUGUUACUCCUGCGGAUGUGGUUUCAGGCAAUCCUAAACUUAAUUUAGCUUUUGUAGCUAAUCUGUUUAACACAUACCCAUGCCUCCACAAGCCUGAUAAUAAUAACAUCGAUAUAAAUUUAUUGGAAGGGGAGAGCAAGGAAGAGAGGACAUUCCGGAACUGGAUGAAUUCCUUGGGAGUCAACCCAUACAUUAAUCAUUUGUACAGUGACCUUGCAGAUGCAUUGGUGAUCUUCCAGCUCUAUGAAAUGAUCCGCGUACCAGUCGACUGGAACCAUGUCAACAAACCUCCUUAUCCUGCUCUCGGAGGGAACAUGAAGAAGAUUGAAAAUUGUAACUAUGCAGUGGAACUUGGGAAGAAUAAGGCCAACUUCUCUUUGGUUGGCAUUGCUGGGCAGGACCUAAACGAGGGGAAUGCAACACUUACACUAGCGUUGGUGUGGCAGCUGAUGAGAAGGUACACAUUGAAUGUAUUGUCAGAUCUUGGAGAGGGUGAAAAAGUAAAUGAUGAAAUUAUUAUUAAAUGGGUCAAUCAGACUCUUAAAACUGCAAACAAAAAAACUUCUAUUUCCAGCUUCAAGGACAAGUCUAUUAGCACUAGUUUACCUGUCCUAGACCUAAUAGAUGCCAUUGCACCAAAUGCAGUUCGUCAAGAAAUGAUCAAGAGAGAAAACCUUUCUGAUGAGGACAAGCUGAAUAAUGCUAAAUACGCCAUUUCGGUGGCUCGAAAGAUUGGUGCCCGGAUCUAUGCGCUACCUGAUGACCUGGUAGAAGUGAAACCGAAGAUGGUUAUGACGGUGUUUGCAUGCUUAAUGGGAAAAGGACUGAACAGAAUAAAAUAAUGAAACAUUUAAUAUGAUUUUCUGCCACCUUAACCACGUUGAAUGCCUCACAGUUUACAGAAUUCUGAAUGUAGUGGACAUAAAACCAGAGAUAAUUUGUAUGCUCAAAAAUAGUUAUAUAUUCACUAAUGAAAUCUAGUAUCCUGUUCAUACUAGGAAGAAUUUGUCAACCUUUUUGGAUAACAAUUUACUAAUCAAUACUGAUAAUAGAGUCUGUUCAUUAUCAAACUGAUAUUCUAUUCUAUGAUUAAAUUAUUUUCUUUUCCUGAAAGUUCCGUUAAAACAAGAUUAAUUCAUUCUUUUACAUGGUUCAAAAAAGAUCAAUACAAAAAUCUUUUUGUAGGUCCUGCUGUGAAAUGUGUUUUGAUUUUUUUUGUGUGUUAUUUAAUUUCGAUCAUAAAUAUUCAGUCAUAAUCCAGUUCAAUCUUUCUAUUUUUUUCCUCCAAAUAUGAAAAGUGGUUUAAAAAUUUGACUUUUCUGUAAAUUCCUAUAUUGUCAAAAAUUUUAAAUGAUAACUAUUGCUCAUUAAUAUUGAACUUUUUUAUAUAGGAGAACUCUUGAAGAAACUCCGAAGUUCACUGUCUUGUAUUAAGUACAGGAACUUUUUACUCAAAACUUAAUUUUAACUGCAUUGAUACUUUACAUAUGCUAGUUUGAUAAUAAAGCUUUAACUAUGACAUGCAGCAUAUAUAUGUUGGUAGAAUGUCAUUAGAGAAAUGUGUGUGUGUGGGUAUAUACAUAUAUGUAUUUUAUAUAUAUAUGUUUUGCACCUGAAUUACCCAAGUUUUCUUAAACAGUAUGUAUAAUUGCUUAAUUAGCCAACUACAAGUAUUUAUUGUGCCCCAAUACGUGUGGAUAUUUUCGGCUUGUGGAUAUCUGGUACCUGAAGAUUUCUUUUAGCAAUAUUCAUUUUGAACAUGCACACAGUUAAUUUUCAACUGACUCCUUCUGAAUAUUUGUAGCCAAACAUUGGCCAGAGCACCCAAGACAUGCUUACACUAUCCUGUUAGUUUCAUAUUAAACUUGCUAGUUUUGGUCUAUACUGUAGUCCUACAUAAUUUAGAAUAUACCCACUGAAUAACACAAAGUUAAUAUUCAAUGUAAAGUAUUUUUCACACAUUUUUUACAAAACCAAAAGAAAGAAAAGACCAAAACUACUGCCUUCGAAUCAAUUCUGACUCAGCGAUGAUAUAGGACAGAGUAGAACUGGAAAGCCUCCUUCAAAUUGGCAGUGUUUCAUUACUGCUUGUGUGACCUGUUUUUGUCUGAGUUUUUAGCAGCAGACCUUCCUCCAUCUCCUGCUGGUAGUGCCACUGAGCUAUAUUGCUGUGCAACAAAAAUGCUGUCACUUUUAUCUCAGUGUGAAUGAGAAGUCUAAAUCCCUCUUCUACCAUGAUUAAAACAUACAUGUUGGUAAGAGUGAGACUGUACACGUUUAGAAUAGAAUUUUUUAAAUGAAAUGAUCAACACGUAGAAUUUUGAAAUAUAUUCUUCUACAAAAGAGCUUUCCUUUCCUUUUAUAUUUUGAUGAUUGUUUUCUUAUAUGAAGACUGAUACGUUCUUGCUUUCUUGUGAGACUUUAGAUCAUGUUUCUUCCUUUGAUUUUUUUUUUUUUUCAUCAUUGCAUUCAUUUAGUCACCUGAUUUAGAUGAAAUAUGGUAUUUUGGGGUAUUCUUUUUCUCACAAGUAUAUUUAAUAAAAAUACUGUGUAUGUA